AUAUACACAUCUUAGGAUUGAGCUGAUGGAUCAUGACUGCGUUUGGAAAUAUGCAGAGUAUAGUACCUUCUACAUCGAAGGAGCGACUUCAGAGUACAGAUUACACGUAUCGGGCUAUUCCGGAGAUGCAGGGGACAGUUUCAUCUACCACAACAACAUGUUCUUUAGUACACAUGACAACGACAACGAUGGGACGUAUUCCUUUAACUGUGCCAUUCUCAGACAUGGAGCUUGGUGGUAUAAUAAUUGUCAUAGGUCUAACCUGAAUGGUGAGUACGGGAACACAGACAACUCUGACGGCAUCAACUGGUACACCUGGAAAGGAUUCUAUUAUUCAAUGAAGGAAGUGAGGAUGAUGAUCAGAAAACCAUGA